AUGUCGGCACACAACGUUAACGUCUGCGACAUCACAGACGAUGUGAAAGAAGUGUUAAAGAAGUUCAGAUUUCAGAAACACACGUCGAAUUCGGCACUCAUAUUAAAGGAGUUGGAGAAUGUGGAGCUGGAGGAGCUGCAGGACAUCCUGCCCUCACACCAGCCACGGUUCAUUGUGUACAGCUACAAGAUGGAGCACGAUGACGGCCGUGUCUCCUUCCCGAUGUGCUUCAUAUUCUACACGCCCAGAGAUGCGCAUAUGGAGCUGCAGGUAAUGUAUGCCGGCACCCAAAGGGCGCUAGCGGCGGCAGUGGGCGCCCCCCGUCUGCUAGAAGUAAGAGAAAUAGACGAACUCACUGCUGACUGGCUGAACGAAAAACUGAAGAAAUAG